AUGGCGGGCAACACGACCGGGGGCACUCCCACCCACGCCCAGUCCUCGCUCCCGUCGCUCCCUGCACAUCUCCAGUCGGAUACCCAUCUGACAGCCCAUCUGGCCAGUCGCUUCCACGUUGGACUGCCAACCGCCCGCCUUUCGUCUCAAGCAUUGAUCUCCUUGAACACCUACACAUCGGCGACAAAGGGUCCGGAUGGUGCAAAGGAAGGCAGUGCCGCUGGCGAAGCGGAGGAUCUCGCCCGUCGCGCUUUCACCCGUUUGGGAGCGCGCGGGGAGAACCAAGCCGUAGUGUUUCUCGGAGAGAGUGGAUCAGGUAAAACCACCAUUCGUUCACACCUCCUGUCCUCCUUCCUGUCCUUCUCCUCGACCCCGCUCUCGUCCAAACUCUCCUAUGCUGCCUUUGUCUUCGAUACUCUGACCACUACGAAAUCCGUCACCACGCCGACUGCCUCCAAGGCCGGCCUCUUCCUCGAACUGCAGUACGAUGGCUCGUCAUCCGUCAACCCCACUCUGAUUGGCGGCAAGAUCAUUGACUACCGAUUGGAGCGGAGCCGCAUCUCGUCUGUGCCCACUGGCGAGCGCAGCUUCCAUGCAUUAUACUACCUCCUGGCUGGUACGAGUGCGGCCGAGAAGUCCCACUUGGGAUUCGACAGCUCCAUUCACAUCAACACAAGUGGCGGCAAGUUGUCAUCGGACUCGGUGAGCCAUAAACGAUGGCGGUAUUUGGGCCACCCGACCCAGCUUAAGGUCGGAGUGAAUGACCACGAGGGAUUCCAGCACUUCAAGACCGCCCUGCGUAAGCUCGAGUUCACCCGGGGCGAAAUUGCUGAAAUCUGUCAGAUCUUGGCUAGUAUUCUGCAUAUUGGCCAGCUGGAUUUCAUUUCUGGGCAGUCAACCACCACGGCUGCGGAGGAAAGCGGUGGUUACUCCCACGAGGGUGGUGAAUUAGUCACUGUCGUGAGGAACAAGGAUGCUCUUGGUAACGUUGCCGCUUUUCUGGGAUUGAGUGUGGAGGCGUUGGAGAAUAGUUUAGGUUACAAGACCAAGACCAUCCAUCGGGAGCGGGUGACGGUCAUGCUGGAUCCCCGGGGCGCUCGACAAAACGCCGAUGCGUUCGCUCGCACCAUCUACUCGCUCUUAGUAACAUACGUUAUUGAGACCGUCAACCAAAAGAUUUGUGCCGCUGAGGAUAGCGUGGCCAACACCAUCUCUAUCGUGGAUUUCCCUGGCUUUGCUCAGGCAGCCGCUACUGGCUCCACUCUGGACCAACUCCUCAGCAAUGCUGCAACGGAAUCACUCUACAACUACUGCUUGCAGUCGUUCUUUGAUCACAAGGCCGAUGUGCUGGAUCGUGAGGAGAUCACUGUGGCGGCAACCAGCUACUUCGACAACACCGACACCGUCCGCGGCCUCCUGAAGCACGGCAAUGGUCUGCUGAGCAUUUUGGAUGACCAGACCCGCCGUGGCCGAAGUGACGCCCAAUUCCUCGAGAGCGUUCGCAAGCGCUUUGAGGGCAAGAACCCGGCGAUCUCCGUGGGUGGCAACAGCACAACCAGCACUGGAUAUCUGUCCCAGGCCCGAACAGCGUUCACUGUGAAGCACUUUGCCGGCGAGGUGGAUUACUCCAUCACGGGCCUGAUCGAGGAGAACGGAGAAGUCAUCUCGGGUGAUCUAAUAAAUCUCAUGAAAUCUACCCGCAGUGACUUUGUCCGCGAGCUGUUUGGCCAGGAGGCAUUGCAGACCAUCUCUCACCCUCGGGAGAAGACGGCCAUUAUGCAAGCCCAAGUCUCCUCCAAGCCUCUGCGGAUGCCUAGCAUGGCCCGACGCAAGCAUGAUCAACAGGCUCGCCAGAUGUUCUCGGAUAACACCCGGGCCGAGAGUGAAGAGCCAGACGACCAUGAUAGCCAGGCGGCCAGCUCUAGGCGAAGCGUGGCAGGCCGCAAGAGUGGGCUGAUGACCGGCCAUGCGCAGGGUGCGGCCGGCCAGUUCCUCUCAGGUCUUGAGAUCAUCAAUAAGUGCCUGAGCUCCCCCAACCUGAACCCCUACUUCGUCAUCUGCCUCAAGCCCAAUGACCGCCGCAUUGCCAACCAAUUCGACAGCAAAUGUGUUCGAAUGCAAGUUCAAACCUUCGGUAUUGCUGAGAUCAGCUCCCGGCUGAGAAAUGCUGAUUUCAGCGUCUUCCUCCCAUUCGCGGAGUUCCUCGGUCUGGCUGAGAUUGGCAACGUUGUAGUCGGCAGUGACCGCGAAAAGUCAGAGGUUGUCCUGGACGAAAGACGAUGGCCCGGUAACGAAGCACGGGUGGGAAGUACUGGUGUCUUCUUGAGCGAGCGGUGCUGGGCAGAUCUUGCCAAGAUUGGUGAGCGGGUGGUUCCAUCUUACAACAAGAUUUCAAGCCCCGAUGAAGGCGAGAUGGGAUAUCACGCUGGGGCAGCAGACACUAAAGUUCGUCUCCUAAAUCCGGCUGAUCAAUCGCCGGGUGCCUUCAUCUAUGGAAACGAGUCCAAGCAGGGUGGUUAUUUCGGCAGCCGCGAGCUGGAUGGCCGCUCUGAUGCGGGCGCGUCUGCUUUUAACUCUGGCGAUAUGUUCCGAAACCUUGAGACAAAGGAACAGAUGCUGGAGAAGGGUAACGAGAAGAAUAUGGAGGAGGUGGAUGAUGUAGUAGUCUCUGGCUCUCGCAAACGUUGGAUGGUGUUGGUCUAUAUGCUGACCUUCUACAUCCCUGACUUCCUGAUCAAGUGGGUUGGCCGCAUGAAGCGCAAGGAUGUACGGACGGCUUGGCGCGAGAAGCUCGCAAUCAACCUUAUCAUCUGGUUUGCCUGUGGCUGCGCCGUCUUCAUGAUUGUCGCCUUCCCAGGGUUGAUCUGUCCAACUCAGAAUGUGUUUUCGAAAGGAGAACUCAGCAACCAUAAUGGCCAAAAUGGUGCAAGCUCCUAUGUUGCCAUUCGAGGUGUGGUCUUCAAUUUGGGUAAUUUCAUACCGUCCCACUAUCCGGAUAUCGUCCCGCAAAAAUCUCUCAAAAACUACGCUGGUACCGACGCCACCAACCUUUUCCCGGUUCAGGUCUCCGCCCUGUGCCAGGGUGUGGAUGGACAUGUUGACCCAAGUGUGCCGUUGGACUACCGAUCGAACAUGAAUGAUAGCUCUACCACUACGUCGACCACCGAUUAUGAUAUCAACGCCAAGUACCACGACUUCCGUUACUGGACUGAUGACCCUAGGGCAGAUUGGUUCUAUGAGCAGAUGGUCAUGAUGCGCGCGAACUACAAAAAGGGUUACGUUGGAUAUACUGCCAAGUAUAUGAAGACUCUGGCAGAUGACGAUAACAAGAACAUUGUCAGCAUUGAUGGGAAGGUCUACGAUAUGACCUAUUAUAUCGCUGGACCACGUAUUCCCCGUUACCCGAAGGGCACAAACUCGUCCAGCUCCAGUGUCAAUACGAACUACAUGAGCUCGCUCCUCGUCACUCUCUUCCAGCAGAAAUCCGGUUCGGACGUGACCAAGUACUGGAAUGAUCUUGCAAUUGAUGAUACCAUGCGCUCGCGGAUGCAGUUGUGCCUGGACAACCUGUUCUUUGUCGGUCAUGUUGAUACCCGUAACUCGGCGAAGUGUUUGUUCGCUCGGUACUUCAUUCUUGCGAUCUCGAUUCUGAUUUGCACGGUCAUCCUCUUCAAGUUCCUGGCUGCCUUGCAAUUUGGCAAGAAAAAUCUCCCCGAGAACUUGGACAAGUUUAUCAUUUGUCAAGUGCCGGCAUACACCGAAGACGAAGAUUCACUCCGUCGUGCCAUCGAUUCCAUGGCGCGCAUGCGUUAUGACGACAAGCGCAAGCUCCUGCUGGUCAUUUGUGACGGUAUGAUUAUCGGUCAGGGCAACGAUCGUCCCACUCCCCGGAUCGUCCUGGACAUCUUGGGUGUCCCCGAGUCUGUGGAUCCUGAGCCUCUCAGCUUCGAGAGUUUGGGCGAGGGUAUGAAGCAGCACAACAUGGGCAAGAUCUACUCCGGUCUCUAUGAGGUCCAGGGCCACAUCGUCCCUUACUUGGUCGUUAUCAAGGUUGGCAAGCCAUCCGAAGUAUCUCGCCCGGGUAAUCGUGGCAAGCGUGAUUCCCAGAUGAUCCUCAUGCGCUUCCUCAACCGUGUCCAUUACAACCUGCCGAUGAGCCCUAUGGAGCUUGAGAUGCACCACCAGAUCCGGAACAUUAUAGGUGUUAAUCCGACAUUCUAUGAGUAUAUCCUCCAAGUCGAUGCUGAUACGGUUGUUGCACCUGAUGCUGCCACACGGUUUGUCUCUGCGUUCCUAUCCGAUACACGGCUUAUCGCUGCUUGUGGUGAAACAUCUCUAUCCAACGCCAAGACGUCCAUGAUCACAAUGAUCCAAGUGUACGAGUACUACAUCUCGCACAACCUGACCAAGGCGUUCGAGAGUCUUUUCGGAUCUGUCACUUGUCUGCCCGGUUGUUUCACUAUGUACCGCAUCCGCUCUGCGGACAGUGGUAAGCCCUUGUUCGUCAGCAAAGAAGUUGUCGAUAAUUACUCGGAGAUUCGCGUGGAUACCUUGCACAUGAAGAACUUGCUUCAUCUGGGUGAGGAUCGAUACCUGACCACGCUCCUGCUCAAGCAUCAUGCCAAGUUCAAGACCAAGUACAUCUUCCGCUGCCAUGCCUGGACUGUCGCCCCCGAGAGCUUUACCGUUUUCCUGUCACAGCGUCGCCGAUGGAUCAACUCCACUGUGCACAACCUGAUUGAACUGAUUCCCCUGCAACAGCUAUGCGGCUUCUGCUGCUUCAGUAUGCGUUUCGUUGUCUUUGUCGACCUGCUCAGUACCAUCAUCCAGCCCGUCACUGUUGCCUACAUUGUUUACUUGAUUGUAUGGCUGGUGCGAGACACCUCGACGAUCCCAUGGACAUCGCUCGUAUUGCUUGGGGUCAUUUAUGGUCUGCAGGCAUUUAUUUUCAUCGUGCGUCGCAAGUGGGAGAUGAUCGGCUGGAUGUUCAUCUAUAUUCUCGCCAUUCCCAUCUUCACGCUUGCCCUGCCGUUGUACUCCUUCUGGAACAUGGACGACUUCACGUGGGGUAAUACACGCAUAAUCACUGGAGAAAAAGGCCGUAAGGUCGUCAUUUCCGACGAGGGAAAAUUCGACCCGGCCUCCAUCCCCAAGAAGCGCUGGGAGGAGUACCAGAUGGAGCUUUGGGAGGCACAAGAGGGUCAGACCUCUCGCGACGACCGCUCCGAGGUCUCCGGUUAUUCCUACGGCACCCGCGCGCAUCCCUUCGCGCAGUCUGAGUACGGCUUCUCCGGCUCCCGGCCUGUCUCGCAGCUCGAUCUGUCGCUGCUUGCGUCUGGAUCGCGCAUGUCUAUGGCCCCGUCUGAGAUGCUGGGCCACCAUAUGGACAUGGACAUGAGUAUGGAGGACCUGAGCCACCUGCCCUCGGACGACGCGAUCCUCACUGAAAUCCGUGAGAUCCUCCGCACGGCUGAUCUGAUGGCUGUGACGAAGAAGAGCAUCAAGCAGGAGCUUGAGCGCCGCUUCGGUGUCAAUCUGGACCUUAAGCGUCCUUACAUCAAUUCUGCUACCGAGGCUGUUCUUUCCGGUCUUUUGUAA